GGAAGUGAUAGUAUAGGAAAAUACUGCGCCACCGUGAUACACUAUGGUCAUCGCUUGCUUUAAAAUAGUCUCCUUGAGGCUACCAUCAUGAUUGCAAUUGUGCCAGUGUUACACGAGUCUUUACCCGCGAAAUACGGUAAAUGUCCUACUCUUGAGAGCUCUGCUGCGGAGCUCAGUCCUAGGACUGCAAGAGAGAACAUAGCCUUGGUCGGGGACAGUUAAAAUGGUGCCACUAACAUUCUCUAUCAUGUCGUCUAGUUGGACACCAGACGAAUCGCCUCAGACAAUACUCGCCGAAGUAGGUUGGUUGCAGAGCACAGUUGUCAGUGCCGUUGCCUAUGGCAUCGACGUUGCCCUCUACUUUAUGUGCUUCCACCUCCUUUUCAAACAGAUAAUCACCCGCACAAACUACAAACAGCCACUGUUCUUGCUCAUAUAUAUUACCGUGUCUUUCAUUCUUGGCACCCUUUUCAUAGCAUCGCUCGCCGAUUUCACACAACUCGCAUUCAUCGAAGAUCGCAAUUAUCCAGGCGGUCCAAGUGCAUUUGAGAAUCACAUGUUCUCCAUGCCUAUAGACAAUCUUGGAAAUGUCACUGGCAUACUAAUAAUGCUUCUUACAGACGCACUGGUAGUCUGGCGCUGCAUGAUCGUUUACACUGGGUGCAGGUUCCCACUGUGGAUCAUCAUGAUUUUCCCCUGGUUGAUGUUCGCUGCGUGUAUCGUUAUGGCACUCAUGUGGCUGGUUCAGGUAACUACCACCAUCGCAUCCUUCUGGAAUAGCAUCAACUUCACCAUUCCCAUUCUCGUACUUUCGCUCGCACUGAACAUCAUCAUCACGAUUGCCGUUGCACUUCGUCUUCUCACGUUCCGUUACUGCGUUUCUAAAGCUCUCGGCUCCAACCAUGGCACUCGAUACAUUUCAGUUGCCGCGAUGAUAAUCGAAUCUGCUGCUAUCUAUUCCACGUUUUCAGUGGGAUUUCUGACUCUCUUCGCUCUGAACAAUCCUAUUUAUGAGACGUUCAUUGAGGCGCUGCCUCAGGUUCAGAUGAUUGCAAUGCUGCUCAUCAUUUUCCGAGUCGCACAAGGAAAAGCUUGGUCUAAAGAUUCAGUCAAUAGUUCAAUGACCUCAGAGCCGCAGCCCAACAGUAUAGGUAAUAUGGUGUUUGCAUCACGAAACGGAUGCGGAACCAUCACCAGUUCCAGUCUCACCUUGGGUGCCAUCGCAACGUACGAGACUGGUGAGAACAGCAACCAAAAAUGUAUAGCAGAGGGGAGCUCAGCUGCGUGAGCAAGGUCGCAUGUAUCCUCAAUGCCACCUCUUCACCCACAAUAGGUCAAGCGUCGUUGGGACUUAGUCCCUUGUCUACCUUGGCCUCGCUGCUUUCAAACCUUUGUGUACCUUGGCUCACUUUCACAUAUAUCCUUUGUUUGACAGUUGAGUCACUCACUAAUGUACGUAGUCUGGACAUGGACCCUCGUAAUCGAUAGCAGAUAUUUCAUUCGCUUCCACCAGGUUCAGUUUCAACCGCGAAACUUAACUCAGAGCUCUAAGUGCCGGACAUAGCAUGCAGAGGCAUAUGAAAUUGAACACCUACCAGGGGAGCAACGUGACUUUGGAGCUAAUGAUGUUACCGC